AAAUGGAAAGUUCUUGAUACAAUCUCGAUCAAGAGUAACUGUUGUUCAUAAUAAUUUGCAAAUGUAGAGGCCGAUUUAUUAUUCCUCAGCAGAAUGUCUUCUUCAUUGGCCUCAGCAGCAAGCACCGGCGAAUUAGAUUUGAAGACAUUCUCCGUACCUUGCGCCGACUUCUCUGAAUUCAAGGAAGCAAUUAAAAUCUUGAGGGAUGUGGAUGACAGAAUUGUUUAUCGACUGAACACCAGCAUUCCCACAGCCUCGUUUGCAAAGGGUGUCGAUACACAAGCGCGAUGCAAGGAGCUUCAUGAUACCAUUCGAGAAGUAUCUGAGGCCCGUGGUGUGGCAAUUCAGAGAUGCAUUUCGGAAACCAAGAAUCACAUAGCUGAGCUUCAAGUGCAACGGAAACAAAUGCCAGACAGCCAGCGAUUUACCCAUCUACUGCGACAGAAUCAGACAAAACUAAGAAUGAUGGAGUCUGAGCUUACUGUAGAGGAAAUAGUGCAUGCACGUACAAUGAAGGCGGUGCAUGCAGCACGACGUACACACACAUGUGCGCACACAUAACGUUACGCACAGAAUCCGCCUGAUUACAGGAACACCAGAGGUACGACAGUCCAUACCUUUGACUAUGUAUUGCCGUAAUUUGAUGCAUGUGAGAAUGAACUCGGAUGGUGAGUCCAUAAUAAUCUUACAUAAGAGGAAGAACAAUUACAUAAUCAUUGGUGGACUAUUUCUUUUAACUCGUGCCAAAUUGUCCUUCCUCGUAUCCUAUCUCGUAGAUUUAUUUUGACAGUUCAAGUCUGUUGUAUGUAGGGAGCCCCACCUGUAGAUCUCCCUCAUUCUACCCCGGCUAUCCGAAUACUACAUGCCGUUCUUCAAUUAUCCGAAUGCUCAAAAGGGGUGCUUUUCUUA